GGGAGUGUUUGAGGUGCGCGAGCCUGCGCGAGACUUCACAACACAACUCUCAACAUGAAACUAUCUAAAAUGAGGAGAAGAUAACAAUGUGAAGACCUAAAUCUUUGUCUUGUGUUAAAAACCAAAACAUCACAUUGAAUAAAAGGCUGAAGUCUCAGAAAAGACAGUAAAGGUGUAUUUGUGAGUUUCAGGGGGGGAAACCCUCCUGAAUUUUCCCAGCUUUUAUUGUCAGCUUCACAAGGUUGACAAUGAUGGCAACCCAGGGUGGAGGCAAGGAGCCUGAUCCCUUUUCAGUGGUGACCCGAAUAACCAGAGGAGACGGGGACAGCCACUUACCAGCCUGUCAUGAUCAAGGGAUACAGAUCUCAGAUCUAGGAUCAGCUUUAUCCAUCCACACCACAGUUUUACCACCUAAGCAGCCUCCCACAGUAACAUAUUCCAUCUUUGGCAAGGAUCCGAGACCUGGAACAGUCAUGCUUGCCUCAAAGGGAGCUGGUGUUAGUGCUGGACAUGUCAUUUUGGGAUCUUUUUCAGGAGUUGGCAGAGGGAUGUCAGAUCCUCAAUAUGAAGGUGCUGUGGGAUGGGUACCGUCCGCAUCCCUGAGUCCUGAAAUGUGCCUGGCAUCAUCUUCAUUUCGUCCACUGAGCAUUGUUGAAGAAGGGGAUACUCUGGAUGUGCAGGAGAUUGGAGAGGAUGAGGAAAUUGUCCUAACCCUCACCGCACCGCCUCCUAAUCAGUGGUAUCAUGGGAAGCUGGACCGGAUGAUCGCAGAGGAGCGUUUGCUUCAGGUUCGAGCGGCCGGCAGCUACCUCAUCAGAGAGAGCGACCGGAGACCCGGAUCAUUCGUGCUGUCUUUCCUAAGCAUGACCAACACAGUCAGUCAUUUCAGGAUCAUCGCAAUGUGUGGAGAUUAUUAUAUCGGAGGCCGUCGUUUCUCCUCUCUGUCGGAUCUGAUUGGUUAUUACAGUUACGUGUCCUGCCUGCUGAAAGGAGAGAAGCUAAUAUCACCAGUUGCCCCUCCAGAGCCUGUUGAAGACCGCAGGAGGGUGCGAGCCAUUCUCCCGUACACCAAAGUGCCUGAAACUGAUGAGAUCAGUUUCUUCAAAGGCGACACUUUUAUAGUUCAUAAUGAACUGGAGGACGGCUGGCUGUGGGUGACCAAUGUCCGGACAGAUGAACAGGGUCUCAUAGUGGAAGAUCUGGUGAAGGAGGUGGGGCGUGAAGAAGAUCCACAUGAGGGGAAAGCCUGGUUUCAUGGCAAGAUCAGCAAGCAAGAGGCUUACAACCUACUGAUGACAGUCGGGCAGGUGGGCAGUUUUUUGGUGCGGCCGUCGGACAGCACGCCUGGAGAUUAUUCACUGUACUUCCGCACCACCGAGACCAUCCAGCGCUUCAAAAUCAGCCCCACACCCAGCAACCAGUUCAUGAUGGGUGGACGCUACUACAACAGUAUUGAUGACAUCAUUGAACACUACAGGAGAGAACAGAUCGUCGAGGGCCACAAUCUUAAAGAUGCUCUAUCUGUGCAACACCAGGAGCAGGUGCUCACUGACAUCGUUGAAGGAAAGGAGAUCUACAACACCAUCCGCCGAAAAACCAAAGAUGCUUUCUAUAAGAACAUUGUGAAGAAAGGCUACGUCCUGUUCAAUAAAGGAAAAGGAAAAAGAUGGAAAAAUCUGUAUUUUAUCCUGGAGGGAAACGAUUCGCAGCUCAUCUACUUUGAGAGUGAGAAACGAGCCACGAAACCAAAGGGUUUGAUCGACCUGAGUGUGUGUUCUGUGUACGAGGUCCAUGACAGCAUGUUUGGCAGGCCAAACUGUUUCCAGAUAGUUGUGCAGCACUUUAGCGAGGAGCAGUGUAUUUUUUAUUUUGCGGGAGAGACGCCGGAACAAGCUCAGGACUGGAUGAAGUGUCUACAGACCUUCUGUAAUAACCUUAGGAAGCCCAUCCAGCCAUGUUCAAACAAACGCCUACGUCAGGUCAGCAGUUUAUUUCUGAACGUCGAAGAGGCUCACAAACUUCCCAGUAAACACUUUACCAAUGCCUACUGCAACAUUUACCUGAACAGCAUUCAGGUGGCAAAAACCCACCCACGGGAAGGCCAGAACCCUGUGUGGACGGAGGAAUUUAUUUUCGAUGACCUGUCCAGCGAGAUCAACAGAUUUGAGAUCAGCCUGAGCAACAAAACCAAGAAAAGCAAAGAGAAUGAUAUUUUGUUCAUGUGCUGCCCGCUGUGUCGUCUUCAGAGGGGUCAAAUCAUCGAUGAGUGGUUUCCUCUGAGUUCCCACGUUCCCCUGAAGAACGUGAUGCCCAGUUCACUGCGGCUGAGGGUUCGAUACUCCGUGGAGAAGAUCAUGCCUGUCGAGGUGUACAGUGAGCUAAAAGAGCUGGUGGUGCUGAAGGAUCUGCAUGUGGUCAGUGCUCUGGCUCAUGUGUGUGGACAGAAGCGCACUCUUCUGGCCAGUGUUCUGCUCCGCAUCUUCAGACACCAGAACCAGGAGGCGCAGCUUCUCCGAGAACUCAACGACCGCGAGAUCUGCGCUGAAGAUGAAGCCACGACUCUGUUUCGCGCUACGACUCUGGCCAGCACUCUGAUGGAGCAGUACAUGAAGGCCACGGCCACACCAUUCGUCCACCACGCACUGAAAGACUCCAUCCUGAAGAUCAUGGACUCCAGACAGUCCUGUGAGCUGAAUCCCUCGAAGCUGGAGAAGAACGAGGAUGUGAAUGUGAAUCUGGCUCAUCUGCUGAGCAUCGUGUCGGAGCUGCUGGAGAAAAUAUUUAUGGCUGCGGAAAUCCUCCCUCCAACUCUCAGGUUCAUUUAUGGGUGUUUACAAAAAGCCGUGGAGCAAAAGUGGCCCAGAAACACCACCAUGAGGACUAGAGUUGUAAGUGGAUUUGUCUUUCUCAGAUUGAUCUGUCCUGCAAUCGUCAACCCAAGAAUUUUUAACAUCAUUGCUGAUCCUCCGUCUCCUGUCGCUUCACGGACGCUCACUUUAGUGGCCAAAGCAGUGCAGAAUCUGGCCAACCUGGUGGAGUUUGGAGCCAAAGAGCCGUACAUGGAGGGAGUGAAUCCGUUUAUCAAGAGCAACAAACACAGAAUGAUCCUGUUUCUGGAUGAGCUCGGGAAUGUGUCGGAGCUGCCGGAGCCCACAGAGCACUUUAACACAGAUGUGGCUCGAGAUCUGGCCGCUCUGCAUCAGCUCUGCGUCACACACCUGGAUGAGCUGCGGACGCUAAGCAAUGAUAGAGGAGCACAGCAGCACGUGUUGAAGAAGCUGCUGGCGGUCUCUGAGCUCCUGCAGCAGACUCAGGGUCAGUACAGCGGGAGCAGCGGCGGACGCUAGAAUUACUGUACACGGAUGACCAAUACUGGAGGAUCUGAUUCAUCUCUUUCAUCUAAUUAAUUGGAUUGAUUGCUUUCAUCUGAUUCAUUUGACUCAUUUGAUUCACUUGAUUCAUUUGAUUAAUUGGAUUGAUCUGAUUGAUCUCUUUUAUCUGAUUCAUUUGACUCGUCUGAUUCAUCUGAAUUCUCUCGUCUACAGUAGGUGUUACAUCAAGAGAAAAUUGAAAUUAUACACAAACCUUACACAUAUAGUAAAAAUAAUGUAUGAGACGUACACUAAAACAUCUGAAAAUGUUAGAAACGAGUUAACGUGAUUGUGGCUGUCAUAAUUCCUGUUGUUUAUCUCAGCAUUCUGAAAUAUGAACUCAUAAUCAUAAUUGAGUAUAAGCUAAACUAUAAACAACUGAAAUUCCCAAUUCUUCAGUUGCAUUAUCAGACUUUUUUUCUGGUAAGUCUUACAGUGUUCAUGUGUUGCGCGUUUAUUAAUGUUUCACGAUUCUGACAUUUUUUACAGAAUUCAUUUCUAUAAAAUAUUUGUCUUCACACGAUUCCUGUUUUAUCUCUCACAGAUGUUUUUAAAUACAAUUAUUUUUGUAACUCAUUAGGAUUAUUAUUAUUUAUUUUAUUAUUUUUAUAGCUCAAAAUUAUGAUUUUAUGAAAAAAAUAUGAUUUAUUUCAUAUUUUUUAUUUCUGAAUUAUGAUUUUCUUUUUUCAUUCGUUCAUUCAUUUUCUUUCCGGCUUAGUCCCUUUAUUAAUUCGGGGUCGCCACAGCGGAAUGAACCGCCAACUUAUCCUGCACAUGUUUUAUAGAGCGGAUGCCUUUCCAGCCGCAACCCAUCUCUGGGAAACAUCCAUACACAUCUCAUUCACACUCAUACACUACGGACAAUUUAGCCUACCCAAUUCCCCUGCACCGCAUGUCUUUGGACUGUUGGGGAAACCGGAGCACCAGGAGGAAACCCAUGCGAACGCAGGGAGAACAUAAACAUGGGCGUCACUGUUGCUCAGUGGGUAGCACAAUCGCCUCACAGCAAGAAGGUCGCUGGUUGGAGUCCCGGCUGUGCCAGAUGGCAUUUCUGUGUGGAGUUUGCAUGCUCUCCCCGUGUUUGGCUUUCUUCCGGGUGCUCCGGUUUCUCCCACAGUCCAAAGACAUGCACUAUAGGGGAAUUGAAUAAGCUAAAUUGGCCGUAGAGAGUGUAUGGGUGUUUCCCAGUUCUGGGUUGCAGCAGGAAAUGCAUCGCUGGAUAAGUUGGCGGUUCAUUCUGCUGUGGUGACCAACAUCCACGUAUACAUCUCUUAAUUCUAACAUUUUUAAAGUCAUUUUUUAAUCUCAUAAUUUUUAUAUCUCAAUUAUUAAGACUUUCCUCAAAAUUCCAAAUUUCUGUCUCACAAUUCUAAUGUUUUUCCUAAAAGUCCUCAAAUGUGCAUCACAAUUAAGACUUGUUUUCAGGAAUUCUUAUCUCACAGUUUCUGGCCUUUUUCCUCAGAAUUAUGAGUGUAUGUCUUGCAGUUGGGACACUUUUCAGAUCACAAUAACAGGGUUUUUGAUCACAAUUAAGUUCCUUUGUUUUUUAAUCUAACAAUUAUAUAUAUAUAAUCUCACAAUUAUGACUUUUCUCACAAUUUAAUCUCAAUUGUUUAUAUCUCAGGAUUAUGAGUUUUUCCCCAAAAAUUCUUGUUUAUAAUUUCAAGAAUAUCAAACAGAGUUUUCCAGUUUAAAUCUCACAAUUAUUAAUUUUCCUCAAAAAAGUAAAUUUUUAGACCUCACAAGUCUAAAAUUCUACGUUUAUUUUAGGAAUGGAUGUUUUUCCUGGUAAUUUUGUUCAUUUCUCAUCAUUAUAGUUUUUGUGUUUUCAAAAUUUCCAGCGUUUAUCUCACAAUUCUGAGUUCAAGUCACAUAAAAACCUUCAGUAUAAUAUAAAAUAUUUAAAAUAAUCAGAAUGUUGGGGUAAAAGUCACAGUCACCUUUAUUUUUCCAUCAGAGGAAACAAAUAUCCAUAACUAGAGAUUUGCAUCCUGCAAUAUCAAACACUAAUGCAGUUUUCCUCUAAAAUCAAACACAUUUUACUGAAUCCUCUGCAACAUUUCAACUUACAGAAAACAUGCUUGAACUGACCAAAUUAUUUCUUUCAUCUGAUUAAUCUGAUUCACUUGAUUCAUCUGCUUAAUUGGAUUUACCUGAAUCAUCUCUUUCAUCUGAUUCAUUUGAUUAAAGCUGCGGUCACACUGGGCUUUUCCUACUAUAGACUUCCAUUCAUACGCACGCGAAUGCGUCAGACCGGAAACACAAGGUCAUGCGUUAAGUUUCGCAGUUUGCUGCGGUGCAAAGUUCAAGCUUGGUGAACUCUGGCCUGCAAAAUCGCAUCACUUGACUGCAUAAGACCAAUCGAGGAUCGAAACACGACCUCUCUGGACAGAAAUUUAAAGCAUGGAGCAAUCACUCGCUUUUUUAAAUGUCUAAUCAUCUUGUUUAAUCCCGCCCCUUUUCUCAGCGCUGCAUGACAGAAUUUCACACACACAAAGCCCAGUGUGACCGUAGCUUCAUCUGAUUCACUUGAUUCAUCUGUUUAAUUGGAUUCACCUGAAUCAUCUCUUCUAAUUCAUUUGACUUAUUUGAAUAAUCAGAUUCAUCUGAUUCACUUGAUUCAUUUGACUAAUUUGAUUCAUCUGAUUCAAUUGAUUCAUCUGGGUAUUUGGAUUAACAUGAUUCAUUUGAUUAAUUUGAUUAAUCUUAUUAAUUCGAUUCAUAUCUUUCAUCUGACUCAUUUGAUGAAUUUAAUUCAUGCGAUUUAUUUGAUUCAUCUGAUGCAUCUGAAAUCUCUCGUCCAUAGUAGCUUGAAAAAAUAAUCAGAAUGUUGAGGUAAAACAGUCACAAUCACCUUUACUUUUCCAUCAGAGGAAACAAAUAUCCAUAACUAGAGUUUUGCAUCCUGCAAUAUCAAACACUAAUGCAGUUUUCCUCUAAAAUCAAACACAUUUUACUGAAUCCUCUGACCGCAGUGAUGCUCGACAACAUUUCAACUUACAGAAAACAUGCUUGAACUGACCAAAUAUGCUUUAUAAACGUCUAUAUUUCUGGUGUGUUUGUUUUUUAGAUGUUGUGUUUGAGGAGAAAACAAGCUUUAUAUCUGAUUUUCUAUAUAUUAUCUGUCUGAUAGAGGAACUUAAGGUGCAAAAGAAGCUGUUCUGUAUUAAAAUGUUUUGCUGGAAUGGCAGAACUGAAAAUAUUGCAAUAUUUCCUGACAAUAUGCAUAAAGAUGUGGAUGAGAUACACUAUCAGGUAUGCAUGCACUCAUUUAAUGUUCUUGUACAAAUACAGUGAUUAUGUUUUCUAAUAUAUAUGCAAAUAAAUCUAAGGAGUUUUGUUUGUAAGUUUAUUCAUGUGAAUUUCUUAAAUAUUUUUGAUUUACAAUUUUUUUUUUCUGUCAUUUAAUAUGUAUUUUUUAAGAUGAUAAAUAAUUAAUUACUUUAUCAAACAUUAUAUUAGGACUGCACGAUGUUGGAAAUAAAAAUAUGUUGCAAUAUUACAUUUUUCUGUGACAUAUUGCAAUAAUGAGUAUCAUUUUACCAGAUGAAAUACUUUAAAUGGCUCAAUAUGGUAAGAAUUCAUCAUUUUAGAUUGAUUGGGAUGAUUUUGUAGGGGGGUGCAUCUGCAUAAAACAUACUAAACCAAUCACGAGGGUUGAUUAAUGCAGUACAGCGGAGAUACAAACUAAAUAAACAGUAUUUUCUGAAUUUCUGGAGGUCGAGCAGUAUACAGUGCAAAAUGUAUAAUCAAAUGUAAAAUGACCCAGUAGUCUUCAUCAUAUUUAUACACAAAUACAACUACAGUUUCUUAAAGUUACAAAACAUUAUAAUUUGUGUGCCUGAAUUGAGGACAGGACGAUAACUGGUUUCUAGUUAUACCACGGUUUGGAAAAGUCAAGGUUUUAAAACCACUAAAAUAGUUUGUUAUACCCUUCCUAAGGU